UCUGUGUUGGCGGAGUUUGCUCUUCUCUCUUGACUCGCCUUUCCCUUCUGUUACACCCUGAUAUUACAUCCAGGCAGCUGACACCGUCUGCGCUUCACGUUCGGAUCACCCGCGACUUUAGCGCAAAUAUUCCGGGACGUUAACGGAGCGUUUCCCACGUUAUUGCAGAAAGCUGAGCUAACUUUAGCUACAUUGUGACGCUCGCCCUCCGUGUUUAAGAGUUCAAUGACUUCACCGUUCAAAGUGAACCACCUGUUCCGAGUGUAUGGAUCGAUGGCUUCAGCUAACUGAGGCGGUUAUGUGAAAACGAGAGAACUUAUCUGACCUACGAGACAUGGAUGAAAGCAUGAAAGGAGCCUUCAGGAGCACAGUUUUCAGGAGGCUUACUCCAGCCAUAUCCAACUCUUUCACCGAUCACUGCAGCCCCCCACUCACUGUCCCCUUGCACUCUGUCCAGGUGGAAUAUGGCUCCUCGUCAGGGCCUAGGGUUGAUAAUAGGGCUGUUACUAACAGUGAGAGUUUUUUUUUAAAUGAAGUAUCCACAUUUGACUGCGACGUCGACAACAUCUUGUGCCUCAAACCGGUUGGCGUGGGCGUAUUAUCCGAAAAUGUGGUCAGCCGCAGAAGUAGUGACACAUUUCAUAAGAAGCCAAUGUUAAGCUCCACAUGGACAAGUGAUGGAGUUUCUCAGGCAGAACAGGUGGAGGAUGGACGAGGGGGGCUGAAGACAGAACAGUAUCUGAAUGUAUCAGAUGAGGAGGAUGAUGAUGGCUACUUCUCAAUGUUUCACAAAAGAGCAAAAAUCUCCCCUCAGUCAGGACACACUCCGCUGCCUAGAGCUACUUCCAGCCCCCAGCAUUGGACUGAUGAAGUUAGAGAGCCAUGGGAUGUGUGCCAUCCUGAAAGUUCAUCUGAACAAGCUGCGCUAUCUAGCCGGCACAUUUCCUUUACACUCGAGCCACAACUGGAGUCGUUAGAAGGUGACUCUGAAGAGGUGUGGACGAUUGGUCGCCCCAUGUUUGAGUCAUCGAUGUGCCACAGUGUCACAGUGAAGUUGAGUGCAGGUAGUGAGCAGAGCAGAAAGGUGACGGAGGAGUUGCAGCACAGUGUGACGGAGCCUGUCUAUGACAGUCAGGCCACAUUUAUAAGAGACACAGCCACUGUCCAGUCAACUGACACCAGUUAUGAAGCCACUUUAUCUCCACAAGUACAGGUGAAAUCAGUUGUGGUGGCUCUCAGGCAGAGCACCACCAGUAGCCGCUCCACCUCCAGCAGCUCCACCAGCAGGAGUAAAACUACAGCACCUUCUGUACCGGAGCUGAAAGACUUCCACAGUAACAGAUCUGUCGUCAGUGGCAAAAGAAAAAGGCUCGUGGACAUGGGGGUGGACUGGGAGUGUAAAAAGCAGAGCUAUGUGCACUCUGUCACCAAACACAUGGAAGAGCAUCCAACAACUCAAGACGUCAUGACUGAGCUCUUCAACCUCAUCACCCAUGUGGCUGAAAGGACAAGUGGGGGUAAUGGCAGACCAUGGCAGCAUCCCUCUGACCUCACACGGAGGAACUACCAGAGACGCUUUGGAAACAUGAACCCAAGAAUGUCCCUCUGCGAAUGGCAGCAAAAAAACUCAAACACAUACAAGCGCUUUGCCAACAUCCCCAAAAUCUUUGAAAGGAGCCUGUUCCACUGAGAACUGAUGGGGCAGAUUGCACUUAACCUCGAAACUAAAGCGCUGGACUCAGUUACAAAAAGGGCCUCACAUCAAUGUUUGCACUGUUUUUCUUCUGUAGUUUUAUAUAUGGUGUGUAGUUUUUGUUUGUCAUAUUUUCCUGUUUUUGCAUGUUCUUUUAUAUAAAAAUCUAUGCAUGUUUUAAGGGUUGUUGGGAACUUGAGCUGCAGAACAAGCACUUGAACGUUUGAAGUAUCUUAAAUGUCUGCCUAUUUUUUAUUAGAUUUCAAACUAAGCCUGUUUUAAAGUGUGUUUGGUUAUGUUUGUACUUUUGACAUUUGACUAUUUGUAUACUUGUUUCCUUGUCUCGUACAGAAGUAUUUACCGUUAAGGUUGGUUCAGGAUUUGAUUGACUGAGCACGUGUAUGUUCUUGUUGAAUUCUUGCCUCAUGAAG